AUGUUAAAGAUUUUAUCUAAUGGUCAACAGGCCAGAGGCUCUGUACCUCUAUUUACUAUAUUGCAAAGAGCUAUGACCUUAGCCAUGCAAGCCACUGAUAUCACUAUUAUCAUGCGGAAACUACGUGACCUUCAUUUCGAAGGCAAAGAACCCGCCUUUAUCUUUAACGCUAAUGUGCAAUCUAUCAUUUCACAGAUUGACACAAAGGAACUCACUCAAUAUGAACCAUUAAUCAAAGACUGCAUUUUAAAUGCUCUUACCGGUCCAUACUCCACUAUCAAUAAGGAAUUUCGCACAUCGCAAAGUCCGUACUCUAUUUCGGACAUAUACACUCGUAUUUCCGCCGAAUACGAUUACAUUACCACCACUCAAUCAGCACGACCCAAGUGCUCCUACUGCCACAUAGUGGGCCAUACUCGCGAUCAAUGCUUUAAGGCAGUAGCUCCCUCUACUGCCAAUCCAAUUCCCAAAGCGAAGUCUAACACUAGAACGCCUAGGUCAUCCCCAACUCAUAGAAAACAGUCAGCCAAAUCUUCCAAAAUUACCAAUAAUAUAACCGUCGAUCGAACAACUGAACACGAUCACUAUUGGCUUAGGCCUGAUUCACUUCCUAUAAACGAGGAUCAACAUUUUAUCUUAGAUUCUGGUGCGAGUGUCACCGUUGUCAAAAACGGUUCCAUUCUUCAUGACCUUCACCAAACUGCCUCUCCACCCGUUAUCUCUUCUUCACAAAAUAUUCCCAUGCGCUGUACAGGACAGGGAACUCUCAGACUGAAACUUUACCAUUCAAAAACAAUCGACAUCCCAGCAUAUGUCAUUCCCGAAUUAGAGCAUAAUCUUCUCAGUACCAACUCACUUGAGCAUCAUGAUAUCUUCGUUGAUGCUAAACAUGGUACUCUUGAAUCUCGAGAUGGAAAUACUCUUGCACAGUUUGUGAGAUUUAACUCUCUUCCAUGGUUAACAUUUCAUCAUGUUGUAAUCCCACCACAUGCCCGAAUCAACAAUCUUAUACAGAAAUUUCCGUUAGAUGUUGUUCAUCGUCUACUUGGACAUGUCAAUGUUAAAAGUCUACAGCAAUCGAUCAAAAAUAAAACUUUUGAUCAUUUUACGAUUGAAGACAUUGACUGGACGGGUAUCUCUACCUUUCAAUGUAUAACGUGCCUACAAGGCAAAAGCCGCAAACACAAUCAUACUGUAGGAUCACGUCUCAAGUACCAGAAGAAUUAUGAACCAUUCCAGUACAUUCAUACGGAUGUCUUUGGUCCUGUCUCUGUAGACAAACCUUAUCCAUCUUGGUUUGUCGCCUUUACCGAUGAGGCUACUCGUUUUCGCUGGGUCUUCCCAUUAGAAAACAAAACGGCCGAUCUUAUGCUACAUGUUAUUACUGCACUAGUAAACACUAUAAAACGUCAAUUCAACUCUAAGGUGCUCUGUUUCCAAUUUGAUCACGGGCGUGAAUACGAUAAUAAACUCCUUCAAAAUUAUCUUGAGAGUAAUGGUAUUCAAUCCAUAUUCAAUUCGGUAGCUGACUCCGCCUCCAAUGGUGUUGCUGAACGAAUGAAUUUGACUCUGCUAAAUGAUUGUCGCACGCUGCUCAAAGCUGCUCAACUACCUGACAAUCUCUGGUUUUAUGCCAUUCAAUUUUCUACAGUUAUUCGCAACUCAGUCUACAAUGAAUCCAUAAAAAGCUCACCUCGAGCCAUUGCUGGUCUAUCUGGAUUAGAUGUCAAAACAAUCUUACCAUUUGGUCAACCGGUUAUCGCUCAUAGAACCAAAACCUCCUCUAAGUUACAUUCUCGAGGCGAACCAGGUUUUGCAUUGACUCCAUCUACUCACAGUUACGGAUACUUAAUCUACAUCCCAAGAACUCAAACAAUCAUUGAUACAGCUAAUUAUGCCGUUGUGAAACAGAACGUUUCAACGUCACAUUCCGCUGACCAAAAUGCAUCAAUAAUCGAUCCUCUCCUCGAUGCAUUCAAUGAUCAUGUACAUGACACGGAUUCCCCUUUACAAACUCCAUCUUCAGUCUCCGACACUCAUGUCUCAUCCUCCGAUGAGUCCCCCGGUCCUACAGAUCGUACUCAAUCCGUAGACACAUCCACCUAUAAUUCGGAUCCCGACUACGUUUACCAGACUGAUACUGACUAUGAUACACAAUCUGAUGAAAGUAAUUCUGAUGAUUCAUCCUUAGACCAAUACUUGGACCCCAUCCCUGACUCAUUCAGUUCUACCCAUAACUCUAAACCUUCCACCGAUAGUACCCCUUCGGGCGGUACUCCAUCUCGAUCCAAUAUCCUUCAUUCUGGAAAAAUCGACAAACUCCCCUUUUACGGUAACUCAUUACCAACUUCAACCGGUUUGGGCGGUAGUAAUAAGCCAAGGAUAUCGACACACCAACAGGAUUUGAUACGUCGCAUUGAAGAAAGAAAGAGGCAAAGAUCUGAUGAUAUAGAAACCGAUAGCAAGGAUGAUAAUUCACACCGAAACAAAAAGUCUAAACAAACAGUGAACUAUAUCAAGGCUACGAACCAUUCGAUAAACGCUAUAAAGUCGAUCCCAUUACAGACAAGUACAUUUUAUCCACAGGCAAUUACCUACAAUAAUAAUGAGACUGAAAAACAAUUGUUCCAAGAAGCUUACGAAAAAGAAAUCUCUCAGUUGAAGAAAAUGGGUACUUGGGACGAAACGGCCAUUGAAGAGGAAUUAGUCGAUAAAAAUAAGAUUAUAAACUCAAUGUUUAUAUUUACAAUCAAGAGAGAUGGCACACAUAAAUGUCGUUUAGUAGCCAGAGGAGAUCAACAGAAGGAUGGAACAUAUAAUACUGACAUGACUGCAAACACGGUUCAUCAUUAUGCCUUAAUGACAUGUCUAUCUAAUUGCUUAAGCAAUUCAUAUGACAUUAUCCAGCUAGACAUAAGCUCUGCAUAUCUAUACGCCGACAUCGAUGAAACUCUUUACAUCAGAGCCCCACCUCAUAUGAACAUGAAAAAUAAAGUAUUUCAAUUACAAAAGUCUUUAUAUGGACUAAAACAAUCUGGUGCUAACUGGUACAAACUAAUUAAAGGAUUUCUAACAGAUAAACUAAAUAUGACUGAAGUCCUAGGAUGGCCAUGUGUAUUUAUGAAAAGGAAAGAUAAACAAGUAUUGAUAAUCUGUUUAUUUGUUGAUGAUAUGAUACUGUUCACUAACUCAAAUAAAAUGGCAACUGACGCAAUUGAACUAUUAAAGACAAGAUUUGCUACAAAGGUUAUAAACGACGGUAAAGAUAACACAAUAAACAAAUAUGACAUUCUAGGUAUGGAAAUCGAAUAUGUUAAGAACCAAUCCAUGAAAUUUGGCAUGGAAAAAUCUCUAGAGGAGAAACUUCCAACGCUAGGUAUUGACUUAUCGAAGUUAAGGAAAGUCCCAGGAACCCCAGGCCUGAUUAUAGAAAAGGAGGACAUCAAAGUUACCAAACAAGAAUAUAACCAAAAGGUGAAAUGGAUGCAACAAAUCAUUGGACUCGCAUCUUAUGUUGGUUACAAAUACAGGUUUGAUUUAUUAUACUACAUUAACGUACUAGCAAGACAUACAUUAUAUCCAAGUGGUACGGUAAUCCAAUUAGCUAAAGAACUGAUCCAAUAUUUAUGGAACACAAGAGGAAGGAAAUUAAUAUGGUUGAAAUCAAACAAUUCGAAUACCCACAAUAAAUUGAAUAUAAUAUGUGACGCUUCAUUCGCAAACCAAGAAAACUUCAAGUCUCAAUACGGUCAUAUAAUAAAGCUGAAUGAUAACAUUAUUGCCGGAACGUCAUCCAAAAGUACUAUCACAUGCUCUUCAUCAACAGAAGCAGAAUUAUACUCUGUUAGCCAAGCUAUUCCUCAAUUUGAAUUAUUAACGGCCCUUAGUAAAAGAAUCGAAGAUAAACUAUAG